UUCAGUUGAUCGGAACGAAAAGACGGCGAAUUUAUUUGAACGGACGGUUUACGAGAUCGCGCGAUUUGUUUGAAAGAUCAGUUUCUAUACACAACGAAUUUUUAUUUGAUUAAAUAAAUUUUUUAAGAAAACGAGAGCGGGUUUUAAUAAAAAAAAUAAUUUAACGAAAAUUUUAAAAUUUAAAUGUAAAAAAGAAAUUUUAAAGAAAAAAAAUUUUAAUUAAAAAUAAUUUUUUUAAAAAAAUUGAAUUAAUUGUAUAUCUGUGUGUGUGUAGUGUUUCAGCAACAAUUUCCAUGUGAAACUUAUAAAUAAUUGAAAAUUUUAAUAACGAAUCCAUGAGUUGGUAUUAUUAAAGAAAGAAAAUCAACAAACACGAGAGCCUAUCACAUUCCUCAAACAUCCCUACAAAAAGAUUAAAACGAAAAUAUACCACCAGAAACCUAAAAAUCCCUCUAAAAACACUCCAAAAUCCCUGGUAACAACAAAAUAUACUCAACACAAAAAACAAAAAGAAAAUUUUACAAUAAACAUCUUCUAAUCCAAAGCCAACUCAAUGAAGUUUGAAAAUUAAAAACAAUUUAUAAAACAUUUUCACAAAUAAACAACGACGUAACUUUCCUCCAAACAUUAAAGGAAAAAAAUAAUGCCAAUUUACCAUAAAACCCCACCUACGACGGGAGGAAAUCAUAAUACGGCAGAAAUUGAUUAUCAUACCUCGGAAGCAGCCAAAGUUAAACGAACACGUGAGCAGGCAUAUUUCAACUCUUAUGAUUUCGAUGCAAUUGAAGUUUUGCCCUACGAUGACGAAGAAGAUGAAGAUGAUGAGAGAAGAGCGAAUAAAAGGGAAAGAGAUCGUAGACAAAAUGGAGGAAAGCAAAUAAUGCAAACACCACAACUAACCACGCAGCAAAAGCAUCAUCAUCAGCAACAACAGCAUCUUCAGCAGGAGCACUUGAAACCUCAGAAAAUUUCAAAUCAUAGUUUUUGUGCUGGGAGUUCAAGUAGUAAUAGUUUUAUGGUUGAUAAUCAUCAUCAUCAUCAGCAACAACAACAACAACAUACUCCUCAUCAUGUCAAUGGCAAAUAUAAUCCCUCUCUAUACUUGCAACGUAUUACGGGCAUAUUUGCAACCAAAACCAACAAACAGCAGCACCAUCAACAACAGCGCAACGGUGGUGUGGGUAGUGUUACUGCUGUUGCUGGUGUUAAUAGCAACGAUAUUGCUUUAGGUCAUGAUAAUAAACAUUUAAAAUUGUCAUCCUCUGAAACAUCAUCCACAUCAUUGUCUUCCUCUUCUAUCGUUGAAGAGAUUGUCAAUGUUGAUAAUGUGGGCAGUGAAGGUGAUGUUGUUGUUGGAGGUGGUGGUGUCAUUAACACUGGCAAUGGUCUUGGUAAUAGAGCUGUAGCCUCAAUAGAAUCUACUAGAGAUGUCAUUUCCAGCUCUAGCACACGUACAACAAGCGAUGUUGCUGCUACGGGUUCCCCUGUAACUGCUGUAACAACAGUUGCCGCCACCACUACUGCUGGUAACGGUAGCAAUUUUUUGUUACCUCGAGCCAUGCUUAAAUACCAAAGCUCAGCUGCAGCAGCAGGAGCUACGGGCACAACAGCAGCCAACACAAAUUCAAUGCCAUUGGCAACGAAUAACAGCAGUAGCAGCAGUAAUAACAGCCCCAAACAGCAACAGCAUAUAAACUUAGUAACAGCCAGAGAUGUUCAUAAACUGGAUGGCAUUAAGGGUAACUCCAGUACUAUGAUGCCAGCGGGUGGCACAAAUGUGGGUUUAAGAUUAAAGAAAACUUCUACCAGUUCUUCAGUGAUUACAUCUUUAGCUUCGGAUGAUAUAGAAGAGGACAGGGAUGUAGAGGAUCGUAAUAAAUUGAAAGAGGAGCAGCAAAUAGUUGUAACAAAGACCAUAAAUCCUAAAGUCUCGGCUAGAGCUUCUUCGCAUCAAUCACACUAUUCCACAGAUAAAAGUGCCUCUUCGGGCUAUUAUAGCUCCAAUGUGUGUUCCACUUAUUCGUUGGAGGAGCAUAUUUACAGUGAGCCCACCAUUGACUUAAAGAAGUUAAGAAAUCAUGCAAAAGAAAGUAAAACAUCAAAUACGACGUCGGCAGCAGCAACAGUUACACCAUCGACAGCCACUACUCUACAAACCAACAACAAGUUGCCACAACACCAGCAGCUUAGCAGUGAGACAAACAGUGUCAUGCAAGCUCUGGACUAUAAUAGACGCUAUCGUUACGCGGAAAUUGAUAAACCUGCCCAAAGAAAUUCCCAAGAAUUUAAUGAAAAUCUUAAGAUUUUAGAAUCAAGUAUAGAAAAUCUGGAUCGUCAUUUAAAAUCAUUUCCGGGGGGCAAUUCCGCAGAGGCUUUAGUAGGCUAUAGUCAAAAUCCUUAUAAUCCCUAUGCCUCUGUCAAUCACAAUGAAAAAUUGCGACCUUCCAACUCCUAUCACCAACUGCCCACCAUACAGGAAUCUUUCGAUGCGAAUAAAAAGCCUGGCUGGCCUGAAGAUCGCAGUGAUGACUCCUUAAUGGAUAUAGAUUUGGAUUCUUUUCUCUUGGAUAAAGACAAGAAAUUGGGUCAUAAAUCUAAGGAAUCCUUAAGCAACAAAGGUCUAGAUAAUCCCACUUUUCUAACCGACGAACAGGAAGAGAACCAUUAUAAAUGUGCCAAAUAUAUUAACUCUUGUCCCGAAGAUGCGUAUCGUGUGGAAAGUGAUAUACAUGCACCCGCGCGCAGUUCUAUAUCGGGCCAAUCGCUAGCGGUAUCGGUGGAUUUAUAUCCCAAACGCUAUGAGGAACAAUUACACUUUCAAAAUACCCGCGAACUAUUAGAAGAUGUUAGAGACAAAAUACGUCUGCUAACGCAAAGUCAAGAGGCUGAAAAGCAAAAACAACAACAGCAGCUGACAGCUGCCAGUGAUCAAGACAAAGAGGAGUAUAUACCCAAAGAAUUGCACAAUAUGAUUAAUACUUUGAAGCAAGAGUUGGAGUUGUACCUGGAGCGUAUGAAUCAGCACAGUGAACUGGAGAUACGUCAGUUGUGUUCGGGACUGGUGAAGAACCAGCAUAUAGUCAAAAUGAAAAAUGCCUUCGAAAGAAGGCGUUCACUUAGUGAAGCACCCGAUAUCUACUCCACCUAUGAGGCUAUACAAGAUGGCAUAGUCAUGAAUGCCCAGGGUGUGCCCAUCAGUAUACGACAACAAAUUACUUCCAUAAGAUGUUCAAGUGAUCCGAAUUUCAAAAUGAAACGCAAAUCCAUAACCGAAGUCUUUCCCAUGGCCGAGUGUUAUGUGGAGUCGGUGCAAACACAAGCUCAGCCCAGCACUUCCACACCGCUGCACGAAACCACUCAAUUGCAAAGAAACCUAUCCUAUCACAAACCCGUGCUGGAACAGUUAAACUCCCAAAAUACCAGCACGAAAGGAAAUACCAGUAGUGGCAGUGGCAGCGGUGGCGAUAGCUCAGAGCCCAAUGAUAAGGACUCCAUACUCGAUUGGCAUCGAAAGAAGCCCAGCAUUUGGGAAAUGUACUACGGCACCAAUCGCAUACAACAGUCGCUGUUGGGUGGCAAAAAGAAUGGUCUUAUGGUUACAACGGCCAUUGCCAGUUCACCCUCCACCAUGUGCUAUCCUUCUUCACGUCCCGAAUCCGAUUUUACCUUAGAUUUGCCCCGUGCCGAACAGUUGCGCAUUAAAAUGGAGAAAGAAAAGAAAUUCCGCCAAAGAUGUCGUGUUAUAACAACAUUUUUAAGUUUAGUCUUCUUUCUAUUGACCGUUAUGGUCGUUAGUCUGGUCCUAACACGUGGUAAACGUAUGUUUGGUAGUAUGAUUUAAAAUAAAACCCUGCCUACAUUAAAAGGGGCGGGCCUCACACAUCUUUCUCUUUUUUACUAACAUAUGUAUUUUUUUAUUUCUUUUAUAAAUUAGUUUAAUUUUGAUUUUUUUAAGAAUUUUUCAAUUUUUUUUUUUAAUUAGAACAAGUGCCGUAAUUAAUUGUUAUUUUUU